AGGUGCUUCAGCACAGAAGGGUCAGUUACUGACAGGACAGAAGUAACAGGAACCCAGAUUUCGUUAGGAGCAGAAAAAUUUCUACAAUAUAGAAAUGCCUGUAACAUAAAGAAGACGCUUUCUGAUUCAUCAAUAAUUGAAAUAAAGCUUAACAAUUUAUACAUGAAUGCCUUCCAACUGAACUGGUCAACCUAAUACUACAAAAAGCAGCUUUUACAGUGUAAAAAUAUGAAAUGUGUAAAACAAGUAUGAGCAUUAAAUAUAUAUUUACUUCACCAUAAAAGCACAAAAAAAAAUUCUACUGAGAGCACCUAAUGGGUUAAAUCAGGCUUUGGUGUUUAAAUGCUUCUAAUUCCUUUGCAAAGCAGAACAGCCUUUGGAAUACUGAAAUAGAACAUCUCGCAUUAAAAAUCCCCCAGAGAAUCAUAAGUUACAGUGUCAAGGAAAAGUGAAAACAAUUUGGAAAAACUCUCAAUCAUUCAUUUAAUCAUCAUACAAUUUUUAUACUAUUCACCUAUCAUCGCGCUUGUGCUGAAUAUGUAUCAUUUAUCAAAUAGGAGGAAGAGCCUGUAGAGGUUUCUGGCUGCCUUUGGAUUUAGUCAAAAUGAAUGCAAACAAUCACGUGGGAUUCAGCCAAGCAGUGACGUUAAAUUCUGCUCUGUCAGAAGACAGCAUCUGUCAAAGCCCACAUUUAAACUGCUGCCUGCCUGUGCAGCAGCCGAAGGACUACGGAAUGGAUUUAAUAGAGCAGAAUCCUUGGUUAAAACAGCUCGGAACCACUUCUACUACUGCCUAGCAACAAUGAAGGAGGGAAGAGAGGCAAAUCCUCUUACUAAAGGCAACUGAACCACUACGUGCUAGCACUCGCUGCUAACAUUACCGUUAGAAAUAUGGAUACUGGGAAGAGGAGAACACAGCACUGCAUUGUCCGACAAGGGAAACACCAGAUGUAACAGCUCCAAUCUAUCGACUGGGAACGCCAGACGAGCCCCGACCGUGGGAGCACGAACAAGAACUACUGUCUUUUGUUUGAAAGAUGAACAAAAAGCCCCAAGACAAGGACAACACUUAUGAGCAAGGAAGGUAACGCAGCAACGAGCCGACAGAUGGACAGAUUGGAUACUGAGAAAAGCAAUCGCAGGAAGCAGACUGCUGGGGGAUGUGCGCAUGUUCGAUAGCAUCUUUUUUGCUGAAGUGAUGGCGUGCCAAAACUAUUUUCUGUGGGUAUAAUCCUCGCACCAUAAAUGGCCUGACCAGGGAAGAGAGAGCCAUUUGCAGAGAAUUACUCCACAUGAACAAAAGAAAAUGAAUACCAAAGAAUAGCGGUGGAUUUGGAAAGGAAGCAAACUACAUUUUGCUUGGCCAUCGUCUCACACCCCAUCACUGGAUUCUUACAACAUGCUUCAGUGGAGAAGACGACACUGCUGCCUUGCUAAGAUGACCUGGAAUACCAAAAGGUCUCUAUUUCGCACCCAUCUGAUUGGUCUUAUCUCUCUCGUAUUUCUUUUUGCUGUGUUUCUGUUUUUUAACCAUCACGACUGGCUGCCAGGCAGGACGGGCUUUAGAGAAAAUCCCAUGACUUACACAAUCCGAGGAUUUAGAUCUACAAAAAGCGAGAUGAACCACAGCUCUCUACGGAACACGUGGAAAGACGCCGUACCUCAGACCCUCAGGCCUCAAAUAGUCACCAACCCCAACAACACUGAUCUGUCGUUGCAAGGAGUAACUGGCUUGGAAAACACCCUCAGUGCUAAUGGAAGUAUUUACAGUGAGAAAGGUACUGGGCAUCCAACUUUGUAUCAUUUCAAAUACAUCAUCAAUGAGCCUGAAAAAUGCCAGGAAAAGGUCCCAUUCCUGAUUUUGCUCAUAGCUGCAGAACCAGGCCAAGUGGAAGCCAGACAGGCCAUCCGACAAACCUGGGGUAAUGAAAGCCUAACACCUGGCAUCCAAAUUGUCCGCAUCUUCUUGCUGGGGCUAAGUACCAAGACCAAUGGGUACCUCCAGCGUAGAAUACAGGAGGAAAGCAGACAGUACCAUGACAUCGUCCAACAAGAAUACUUGGAUACCUAUUACAAUUUAACCAUUAAAACACUGAUGGGAAUGAACUGGGUUGCAUCACAUUGUCCAAGCGUUCCCUAUGUUAUGAAAACUGACAGCGAUAUGUUUGUCAAUACUGAGUAUUUAAUACACAAGCUUCUGAAGCCAGAGCUUCCUCCGAGGCGUAAAUAUUUUACAGGAUAUUUAAUGAGAGGUUACGCACCUAACAGGAACAAGGACAGCAAGUGGUACAUGCCACCUGAUUUGUAUCCAAGUGAACGUUACCCUGUAUUUUGCUCUGGAACUGGUUAUGUUUUUUCUGGAGACUUAGCAGAAAAAAUCUUUAAAGUCUCCUUAAGCAUCAGACGUUUACAUUUAGAGGAUGUGUAUGUGGGGAUCUGCCUUGCCAAGCUGCGAAUUGACCCCAUGCCUCCACCCAACGAAUUUGUCUUCAAUCACUGGCGAGUUUCUUACUCCAGCUGUAAAUAUAGCCACCUAAUUACCUCCCAUCAGUUCCAACCUAGUGAACUGAUCAAAUACUGGAACCACUUACAACAGAAUAAGCACAACGCCUGUGCCAAUGCAGCAAAAGAAAAAGCAAGCAGGUAUCGCCAUCGUAAACUUCACUAGAAGGACAACACCCUCUCUUGUCAAACGUAUUCCACGUGCAAUUUGUAAAUAUUGCUGAAAGCAUGUACAGUGAAAAUGGAUGAGCUUAAUGGGACAGCCUUUAGUUGAUGCCCAUCACAUAGUGGAGUCUGAGAAUUAUUUUUUUAAUUUUCAAAAAGUAUAGUUCUUGAUAAUGUUAAUAUUAUAAAACAAUAACCCAAAAGGUUUUCCCAGCAAAUUUGAGGAAAAAAAAUAACAGAGAUACGACAGGUUUUUGUGUUAAUGUGCAAUAAUAAGCAUGCACACUUCAGUGGUACAAUUGCUGACUUAUGCACCAAUAAAAUCUAAUUGAGCAUAUUUUCCACAUAAAUUUUAUUUUUAAGACAACGCAUUCAUAGCUCCUGCUCUUUUAAAUGUAACCAUUUUUUGUCUAGGAUUGCUAUAAGUAAAAUGAAAAACAAGAAGCGAAGGAAAUGCACAAAGGGGAGAUGAACCUUACCUUCAAUUACCACAUGAAAAUUACCACACACUUCUUAGAAAUGCAGUACACUUAGGAGUGUCACAUUUAAAACCAAGACACCAUUCAAUGAACUCUGAAAUAAUGCAUAACUCUUAAAGCAAGCCCAUUUUUAGCAAGGCUGCUUUUUUGGCUAGGGAAAAAGAAUGAAUGAAAACAAAGCUCAGAAAACAACUACUCUGCACACCCCCUUCUGAAACUUACAGCUGGCAUUCUCAAUUCAGGUCUUGCUUUUCCUCCAAGUCAUUCUCUACAAGUCAUAGGGUAAGCACCUGAAUCCGGAUGCCAAGUAGCAUUGGUACCUACGUGCAGAUUCAUUCAAUCUGCUAUAGAGUUCCUUACGUAACUUCAAGACAGCACAAAAGCUAAAAAAGAAAUGUAAAAAAAAGCCAUUCACCACAGUCUGAAAAACGUCCCAUUUUGUAGAAAGAGAAAACCAACUCUGUCUUGGUUUCUUUUACUAUUUACUGCCUAUCAGAAAAAGGGUCGGUCAAGCUCAAAUAGGAAGAGGAAAUUAAGCCAAACUUUACCUUACAGACAAAGAACUAAGUCAUAAGACUGACAUUUCCAGAUAGAAUUAUGGGCAGGACCAAAAUGGAAAUUACAAAUUAAAACUACAACAUCUGUCCCUGAAAACAAGAUGGGAGAAGUAGGUUAAAACAAUUUGCAGGUUUCCAGAUUUUUUAAACAAGCAGAACUUUUGAAGUUUAUUUUCCAGUGAAGCAGUGUUGCAUUGGAAUCAGGUUAUUGCUACUUGUCACAGUAAGCAACAUGCACUUGUGAUUUAGCAGCAGCAUUUGAUUGAACUGUGAUUAGUUUUGUUUGACCGGUACUUUUUAAUUGGAUAAAACACAAUUAUUUGAUGUACUUUUAUUAUUUAAUAAAACUGAUUAUAUUUAUGGUCCUUCAGGCUUCACUUAUUAAUGGUAAAACUACUGAGGAGGAAAUAAUUUGCUAGCAUUAGUGUUACCUGACUAUUCCUCAUUUCCCCUAAUUCUUAACUUUCAUGCCAUGUACAAUACAGAGAUUCCAGAAGUUUUUUUUUUUUCCUUUGUAAUGAAAAGUUGGACGGUGUUACUGAGCAAUCAGCAACACUAGGAGUAUGAGGGCCUGGAAAUAGACACAUCUAAGCAUACGGUGUCACACUGAACUGGCACUCCUAAGGAAUGCCAGGAAGAAAUCUAUUAAAGAUGGCUAUUGGAAUUUGCACUUCAUCACUUUUUUUUCCCCACUGUCUUCCAAUAAACCAUCAUUUGCUGCA